UCUCUGAACAUGUUGAGUGAGAGGUGCUGAGUCAUGUCAGCUCACACCUAAAAUCACGCUUGUACUGUAAAUCUACAGCAAAGGCUAUGCAAGUGGCUGACACCGCUGCAUCAGGUUACAGAGUAAGGUUUCAGAAGGGUUUGUGGUGAUUGCAGGCCUAACACAGAAUCCAGCCUGUUCUCAUCCACAGAGUGUCAGUUAGUGCUGUUUGUCAAAACUGCUGGCAUGGCUCAUACACUGACAUGCCAGGUCGUGGGAUAAGUGACACUGAGCGGUCAUUUCCAAUUAAUUUAUAAACACGUGGGGUUCCUGUUCCAAAGGGGCAUGAUUCAACACAAACCAUGUCCUUACACAAUUACACAUUAGCUAUUAGUGCCUAAACAUGACACUGUCGUUUUUAGGAUACACUGAAGCAGCAAGUGGAUGUGGAAUAAGAAAACAAAUGAAGCAAGUUGAAACCACUUACUAGGGAUUAAAGGGAUAUCAUGCAUCCCGAGCUGCUGUUUAAUGGAGAUGUCACUGAUUGUUACAGUGGUAACUUCAGGUCUUAAGGUCAGUAACCCUGAGGGGUAAGGUAUCUGUCUAUCUAUCUAUAAUCUGAUCGAACCUGACAAACCUUUGUGAAACCAGCCUUGUAAUGUAAUGUAUGGAUGUUGUUUUGAGACAUAAUACGGGGAGGGUCAGCCGUGAUGUUUAGAUUGUCAGCCUCCGAAAAUGAAAAAGGUUUCCAGGUGUUUCUGGUCUCUGGUCAGUGCAGCAGCCGGUGACUUGACAGCUGGUAUGCCACUCAGCCCAGGAAUGUGCUGGUCAUUACGUGCUGCUCACGGUUCACCUCUCUCACCCGAAACAUGACUGGUUUGAUUGUAGGAUUUGCUGAAGAAGGUCUUUGUGAGCGCCUUUUUAGAGACCAAAUACAGCCCAACAGUUUACCUGAAAAGUGCAGGUUUGGCACUCACAACCUCACCUUUUGUUAUCGUUGCUUUUAAUGCUCCAUCUUUUUAGGUCACUAACAUGUGCUUUCUUGUUACAUUUAGGUUUUUAAUCGUAGAUAUUGCAACAAAUGUUAAUGAUAUCAGCUGCGUUUGUUAAACCUGUGAAGAACAUAAUCCCACAGCUGAGCCUCACAAUGCAGACCUUGUUCAGAUGGAUUGUACGCUUGAUUGCUUCCCUCACAAUAGAAGACUGUGAAUUUUAUUGCCUUCCUAUCAGCUUUAGGGUGCAACCUUUCUUCACUAAUCUUCUUGCCUGUCACCAGACCUCUUGCUGGUGGUGCCAGAGCACAUUUUUAGUCGGGGAAAAAAAACACUCAGGAAUUUGUGCUUGCUCUCCAUCGCACAAAGUUAAAUAUUCUUGUAAGAAAUUGAUUGAUUUUUUCUUUUUUGAAGGUGGCAUGACAGGUCAUUGAAAGUGAAAUUGAAAUGAAGGAAAAUAAGAGUUUAAAUGUCUUAUAGUCUCCAUUAAUUUGGGGGGGAAACAGCCAAUUGGAUAGGAUUUUUGUUAAUUUCCCAACUAUUUAUUUAAGAUGUGUGACAUUAGCUCACACACUGCGGGCAAUAACCUAAUAGAACAAAUGACACAUCUGCCACUUCUCUACUUCUCAGCAUCAGUAGAUUCUAGUGCAGAGGUGGGCAACCUUUUUUUUCCUCAUAGGGCCAGACUGACUUAGAUACAAGAAGCAAAAUGCCAAAGAUUGACAAGGCAAAAAAAAAAACGAGACACACAGGGAUGAAGAGUGUCUACAAAUGUCUUCAUUUUAUGUGACCCGUGUUACUUUACUGUAAUUUUGAUACCAUCACAGAAAAGAUCUGUAUCAACAAAUAAAGAAAACCUCUAUUUAUGAGCACAUGGUACUACAAAUACAGCGAAAUUAGUGAAUUACUUUCCACCAAGAUUUUUCAUGGGAUUUAUUUUUUUUAUCUGUGUGAGACAAUCAGAUGGUUUAAAAAAUGAGCCCUAUCUUACUUUGAAACUUAAGUUGCUGUUUUUCUGCUUUCCUGUGAUAGUGAUGGUCCCCAUAGUCCACCACCCCCAUAGUCAGACAGACUUGAAAGUCCACCAUGAUGGUAGUUUUUGUUCUGUUCUGGAGAGCCUCUGUGAGCUGGAGGGUCACUCUAACCAGAGCCUGCUGCAGGUGGAGAUGCCUCCCCAGAAAAAAGGCAAACGUUCUGGCUCUUAUUGGGUGGCUGACAUAGUUUCAUUUGCCUUUUAGGUUGUUAGUGUUAGAUAAAGAUGGUUUGCAGGCCAUUUUCAGCCCUUGGGCCAUAUUUUGCUCUUGUGUGAUGUCGUUAAUUAGGAACAUGCACUGGUAACCUGGAUGUUUUCUGAUAAUUAAUGUCAGAAAGGUUUAAAUUUAAAGGGCAAUAUCAACCUGUCAUUGACUUUUCAAAAGAAAUUACAACGUAAGGUUUCCUUUUUUUUGUUUUCUCUGCAUUUUGAUACCAGGCUCAUCUUCAGAAGUAAUUUUCUAAUUUACUUUAACAGCAGUUAUAAGGCUACACUUAGAGUAAGAAGCACAAUUUAAUGCUAAGUCUGUUGUUGUUGCUGAUGUUCCUUCCUUAGCCAUGCUCUAUAAUGGAGGCUUUCGGGAAACUGGGUGCCCUCACACCCUAGAGAUCAACCUGUUGCCAUAGUAAUGGUAUAAAUGCAUGUCUGCCUCACAACAGGGGAGAUGGGAAGGGAAGAGAAAAGUCCGGCAUUUCAUCCCAUCAUUAGCAUAUUAGCCCUUUGGAGCCAAUGAGACGGGGCAAGGUACGGGCUGGCUGUGACAAUAGCCCUCCUCCUCCAUUUCUGCCCACUCCUGCACCCCCUCUCAGGGGAAAAACCCAAGUAAUCCUGAAGGAAAUCUCCUCUCUGCUCAGCCUAAAUCUAUCAGGAGGACUUAGUUUUAGUAAUGGCUAUUCUGUGUUGAAUAUUGCACGUGAGCUAUCCCUGGCCUGUGAGUUUGGUGGUAUGGAUGAUACCCAGCGGCCUGUGUGCCUCUUUAUUUCGGCGCGUCUUUGAAGUGGCAUUGGAAUGUGGUGCCUGACCAGCACAUGGACGCAGCUGGUCCUUGAAACUGAUUUCCAGCCUGAUAUUAUAGGAGUAUCUUUAAAAAAGCAGAUUUCCUUCUUUGUGUCAUUUCUGAAUUCCUUCGUGCAGAUCUUUGGAAUAUGAAAAUGGUGGAUAUUGUAGCUCAGAAAAUGCCCUCAGAGAAUGACGUGCUUGUGGCGAGAAGCUUUCUUACGAAGAUUUUGCGAAGUUCCAUGAGAAAGCAGCACCUAAAAGGGAGGAAUGAACCUAUAAGUAGGCCUCACUCCUGGCACUCCACCAAGUUCAAUGAAAGCCAACCAGGGACUGCCAAAACACAGUCUCCACCCGCGGCAGUCUGGCACACUCACUAUGAUGCAAGCUCGUCAUCGGCCAAUCUCUCCACCAGCUGGGAGCAAACAAACCUGCGCAGAGUGUCCAACCAGUUCAGCUCUCACGGCAGCAUGGACAGCCUAGAGCAUGUGUCACACCCAUACGCCGCUGGUCAGCUCUCACACGCCAAGUCAAACAACAGCAUGGAGCAACUCGGAGGAGGGAAAAGAGACUCGGCCUACAGCUCUUUCUCCACCAGCUCCAGCACGCCGGACUACACCCUCUCAAAAAGCAAUGCUGCUUCAACAGAGAACAUGGUCUAUAAAGUCGGGCAGUGGGAGGGGGGAGGAAAGCACAACAGCAGUGGCAGAAAUGGCCACAGCUUGGCUGCAGAAGGAGUCAGACAGGAUGACAGGCUCACGUAUUUUCAGAUGCCAGGCGUCAGCUCAGGCUGCGAUGGUCCACAGACCGAGGAACCGGCUGGUUCCUACCAUUCAACUUCAAGUAGAACCAGCUUUGGGCCUGUUUGGAACGUCCCCGAGAAAAAGAAAACUGCUUCUUCUUCUCCUCCGCCUCCACCACCACCCACACGCAGUGAUAGUUUUGCUGCUACUAAAGUCCAUGAAAGAGGGCUGGUGAUUGCUCACCCCGAAGGAAUCGAUUCCCACCUGCAAUCCAGAGCUUCAUGUGAAAAUCGCUGUCACAACAUUUCCCCGAAGAACGACCAUGACAGUUUUUACUUUCAGUCUGAAAAAUCCCAUCAGGACCAGUUCACUUCAAACAAACGGUAUUCCCACUCCAGUGAUGUUCGGCAGCCCACCCAUGUUAACCAACCUUACCAUCAAAGACACCACAGCGAGAAAACCACUUUUCAUCCUCAGCCUUGGGCUACUUCUGCACCAAAGCCAAAGAACGUAGGUGGGUACUAUUACAGCAUGCAGGAGGUAUCUGCUAACGGUUCAACGCAACACACUGGCCAGAGCCAGAGAAAGAACUUAAGUUCCUCUACAGGGCCUGACCAAAACACAGAGAACAGCGGGCACAGCCGUUACUACUGUGUGACUACAUGCCAGCCCACACAGCCGAACCCUGUGUCUUUGUCAGGAAUACCAGAGGACAGGGGCUGUGCGACAUAUCUGCCACCGACUGGAAAUGAGCGAACCUCUCACAGUCCGCUGACGGUUGCUAAAGUGAAGUAUCAUCUGCCCCAACAGCAGCAGCACUCACACACUAAAGACACCAAUGGGUACAGCAAGCACCAAGUCACUAGUGUACAUGAAAACCCUGCACUUAAAACGGGCUCAGAAGAUUGGGGAGGCCAGAGAGGGCACAAUACACAGACAGAAGAAUCUCGGCACAGCAGUCAGUCUGAACAGCGCCGGCUUCUACCACUGCAACACAGAGAACUGCCCCAAGAUGUCAAGCACGACAGCCAAAAGAGCAACAACAUCUCCCCCCAGGCCAACCCCAUGCUCCACUCACUGUCUUUGGAUGUCGCAGGGCAAGAUGAUAGAGGAAGAGGCGGUGCAGUUUCUGACGAGUUCACUGAAGCUAAGCAGUUAAAGCGCGAAGACCGCUUUGCCACCACACUGAGAAACGAAAUCCAGAUGAGAAGAGCAAAGCUGCAGAAAAGUAAAAGUGCGGCUGUCCUCCCCUGGGUUGAGGGUCAGGCUAAAGAAGAUCAGGACAUCCGGAAAUCCACCGAAAGUACAACUCCAACCUCCUCCUCCAGCUCCUACAAGGACCACCUGAAGGAAGUGCAAGAGAGGGUGCUCAAGGCUACAUCUUUUAGGAGGAGAGACCUGGAGCUAGUUUUACCGGAGCACUCUAAUGCUGAGGCUUUACCUAACUACCCAUCCUCGGCACAAGCUCGCAAAGAUGUCACGCCUCUGCCAGCUGUCACACAGUCAGCAACGAGCCAUUCAGGAGGUCAGGUGACUCGCACUGGUGGUCGAAAGCAUUUUCCUGCAGAAAAGAAAGUCAAGUCUUUCUCUGAACCAGACAAAAUUCACAAAGUGGGGACGAAAGAGGGUGUCGCUCCAAGUGAUAAUACAAGCUCCUCAUUAGACCAGCAGAUACUCUUUGAAGACGGUAGGAAACCAGGUCUCCCUCACCACAUCCCCCUUGAGAGCCAUAUCAAGCGCCAAAGUCAAGAACCCGCCUCUGUUGGUGCAACAGAGAAUGCAAUGAAAGGAAUCAAAGGUAGAGAUUACGCUGAGGAGGCCUUCAGAGUUUCUACACAAAAGCAGUCCAUCCAAGACCAGCAAAGACUGGGCACAUUUGCCGAGUAUGAGGCCAGCUGGAAUACACAGAAGAAACCUUCAGAGAAAAGAGUCUCUGGACGGUACAAGUCAGCUGAUAACAUACUCGAUCCAGGAACCGAGGAGAGAGCCAGAACCACCUGUUCCCAUGAGAGGUUCAGAUCGUCUCCAUCUACAGAAGUCUACGAACAGAAGAUUCCAGUUCCUGCAAAGAAGUCAGAGGCAGAGUAUUCAGAGCCAGAGAGUAAACCAGCUGAACCACUCAGCUCUGACACAUGGUUCCCUGACAGAGCUCCAGGUGAUUGUAAAGUGAGAGACAAGCCUGCAGAGUUUGAACAUUACUCAGCGCCACCCCCUCCUCCCAUGACGGGAGCAGACCCCGACUGCAGACACAGAGCUGCUGCUGCCACCCUCAGCCACAGACCCACAUCUAUUACUCUCGACCUCACAGAGACUGCCCCCCCUCAGCCUGAGGACCACAGUCACACAGACCCGCACUCUGGACCCUGGAGAAAGCCCCCUGCACUAGAGAACCCUCUGCCUCCACCCAGAUGCCCAGAGGUCGACUCCCACGAGUCCUCCGCCGGUUCCCAGAGUGAAGGCUUAAACCUCUCUGAUCAUAACUCCGCCUUCAACCACACCCACGCUGUUAAAGGAGACUCUGAGCAGGGCAAAGGACAAGGGGCAGGACAUCAUCUCUCAGCCUCUCCCUCUGCGUCCUCCUACAGACCUUCAGGGCUGGCCAGCAUGGAGGGGCACCGCUCACCAUCUCCUCAGUUUUCCCCACAGAGACUCAGCGACAGGCCUCCGGUCUCUCUUCAGGAUGAAUUCUCAAACAGGAUGGAGCAUGUGAUAGAAAACCAAAGCUCUGCAGUGAGGAAAGUGCCCAUCAGGAUUGUGCACUCGGGAGGAAAUGCAGAGAAGGAAAAUACACCGUUUUUGCAGCACAGCAGCCCCCCUGCCAUUGAAGCCGAGGGGCACGCCGUGACUCGGCUCGGCAGCCUCGGAGCUGCAGGUCAGGACUCUGUCUUCUGCGCCUUCACCAGGCAGAAGGAGCCCGAUGGCGUCCCACACCCUCAAAAGCAACAGAUGCCCCAGAGAGACGCAUACAUGACCACUAUAGGAGAUCACCUCCAACCGCCGCCACCCACAGACGUGUCCAGCAGCAAUAAAUUGGCGACAAACACAGGAGUGUCCAAGGCAGAGGAUCAGAAAAGAGAGGAGCUGGCCAGGGACAUCAUGGGGAAGGAUAAGUCACUAGCAGAUAUUCUGGAUCAGAGCAAGAUGAAGACCACAAUGGACUUGAUGGAGGGCAUCUUCCCUCAAGGGGAGCAGCUGGUGGAAGAAGCUCACCAGCGCAGGAAGGUGCAGCCAAAGCAGACAAACUCCCGGCCCGCUGAGGAAAGGGAAAAGGAGGACAACGUGGCAGCAGCUACCUCGAUGGUGACCAGCUCUGCAUAUUACAGUACAUCUGCUCCCAAAGCUGAGCUCCUUAUUAAGAUGAAGGGCAUGCAGAACCAGGAGCAGGAGGAGGAGGACUCUGAAGAUGAGCUGGACAAUGAUUUGGCCAAUAAGAAGCAAGAGCUGAUCGACAGCCUCAGCAAGAAGCUCCAGGUGCUCCGGGAAGCCCGGGAGAGUCUUCAGGAGGACAUCCUGGACAACAACGCUCUGGGAGAAGAGGUGGAAGCCCAGGUCCAGCAGGUCUGCAAACCCAACGAGCUGGACAAGUUCAAGAUGUUUGUGGGGGACCUGGAUAAAGUGGUGAGCCUUCUGCUGUCCCUGUCGGGCCGCCUGGCCAGAGUGGAGAACGCCCUCAACAGCCUGGAGGAGGAUGCUACACCAGAGGAGAGGCGUACGCUGAUUGAGAAGAGGAAGCUGCUGAUCCGACAGCACGAGGACGCAAAGGAGCUGAAGGAGAACCUGGACCGCAGAGAGGGUGUGGUUUACGAGAUCCUGGCGAGCUACCUGCAGGAGGACAGCCUCGCGGACUACGAGCACUUUGUGAAGAUGAAGUCGGCGCUCAUUAUCGAGCAGCGCAAGCUCGAGGAUAAAAUCAAGCUGGGCGAGGAGCAGCUGAAGUGUCUGAUGGACAGCCUGCCCAUAGAGCAGCGGCUGGCCCUCUGA